GAGGCCCCACGCCGAGAAGAAGACGUGAUCCCGUUCGGGCUGCCCGUUUCGAUCGAAGCUCCGCGCCAUGGAUGAACUCCUGGACGAAGUCUCGGAGCCUAUCAUAGAGUAUCACUCGAGCGAUUCUGAACAAGAUGAGGAAUCCGACUACAGAGGGGAAUACCUCAAGUUCACCAUAUUUCUGCUGUUAGCAUGCUUCCUGAAGGCGUUCCAGCGCCCACUGCGCGUGCCCUACAUGAGCUGGCUGUUCCUGCUGACCACGGUCCUGCUUUGCCUGAUGUCGAUGACGGGCCCUCUGCGGCGAAGCAGCGGCCUGGUCGCUGGGAUAGGCGUGCAGGCCAUCCGCGCUUUCCUGCCGGCAUUCGUGGUGCACACGACGCAGGGCAUCAACAACUACAUCUUCCGCCGGUGCCACGUCGAGAUCAUGGUCUUCUCCGUCGGAACAUUCAGUACGCCGAUUGCUCUGAUCAGGUCCACGAUUACGCAGCCGGCGGAGGGACGCUGGACAGGGCCACCUUCACGAUUUUACUAAACGUUCUCAUAAAGUAUAUUUUGUCAAAUAUUUUGCCCUGUAUAUUAAAGCUGUAA